AUACAAACAAAAAUAAAAUACAUAUUAUAAAUAAUAAAGGAAUUUCUUAUUAGAAUGCAAUAAGUGUUAGUUGGUGAUAGAAGAAAUGAUAAAAUAAUUGUUUGUUAAAACAAAUAAGAACAAGUGAUAUUAAACUAAUUUCAAAUAUUGUUAUGUCGGAGGUGGUAAUGAAGUUUAUGCCUCUUGAUUACAGUACAUUGUUGUGGACUAUUGCUUCGGUUGUUGUGGCUGCUGUUGCUGCAAACACUGGCUGCUGUUGUUGGUGUUGAUGCUGUCUUAUCGUUGCCGUUGUUUAGUUUAUUGUUUUAGUUCACGCUGCUAGUUGCCAUGGACCCAACUUGUAUUGGCAAUAAUCAGCAGCAACAACAACAAGUUUAUCAUCAUCAUGCGGAAUACAACUUACUAUUCGAUACUUUAAAAAACAUUUGGCAGAAUUAUUUACAGGCCUUCAAUAAUGUCGAUGUCAAGCAACAUUGGUUACAAUUGUUUUUAUUUAACUUUCAAUUUGUCUCUGAGGAAUUAUUGGAAAACGAGGAAUUUAAAAGUUUCUUUAAUCCCAUACCUGAAGAGUUGUGUUCAUUUUUGUUAGAACAAAUUUAUGAAAUAAUCAGCAAAUCCGAUCUCUAUAUACCGUCAGUGGAAAAUUUCAAAACAACCGAAACCUCUUGUGAUAAUUAUGAGCAAAAAGAUAUUGAUGAAAAACAAACGUCCGAGAAAAAUAAACAAUUUUUACAAUUACUAAAAAAGAAUCACAAUUUUGCCCAGUUAAUACUCAAACAACCCAGUGACUGCAGUAAAAUAAUAGCGUUAAGACAAUUCUUAACCCAUCAAUUGGGACAACAUUUAUUGGAAUUCCUAUUAAGGGUAGAUAUUAAGUUGGUGGCUUCACAGAAAAGUUUGUGUAAUUUGUGCAUUAACUUAUUUCCCAAUUGUCCUUGGUGGGAGCAUUAUCGCGAAUUGAGUAAUCAACAAGAUAUAUUUGCUUUUAUAGGCAACUUACAAUUAUAUCAAAAAUUUAAAUGUAAAUCCAACAAUAAUGUUUCUACUAACAACAAGGAUACCGUUGACUUAUCAAAUCGUGGUAUGGACAAUUUCCAAGAUAAUGAUUGCUUCGAGGAGUUUUUACAAGCUACUAAAACCAGUGAUGAGAUUGCUUUAAUUUUAAUACAGCUUUUAAUAAAAUGCAUAGAGAAUGAGCGCUUCUCACCACUACACUCCGAUCAGUCAAUGUUUAUGUUGACUCUAAACUUUAGCUUGGAUUGUCUGAGUGUGGAAAAUCAGGCAUUUUCUUCGUCACAUAAUGCUGAAGUCAUUAAAUGCUACUUGCUAAAGUUAAACGAACAAUGUCUAAACAAUCUAUUUGCCUUAACGGACAAUUCACUCAACGACAUACAAUUCCAAUGUAUAUUUGCCAAACUCAUAGCGGCUUUGGAGUGUAAUUUACAAACAACACGUUUGCUAUAUGCCCUGAUUUAUAUAAUAUUUGCUAUUUUACAUAAUGUGGUAGCAAUUUAUAGCCAGAAAACCUUAUGGAAUGCUAAGGUCAAUCUAUAUAAUUUAAAAUUUAUAGAUGAGAAUAUAAUCGAUUGCUGUCUCUCGACCAUGGAACACUUGCUAAGACACCAACCGCCCGAACAGGACGAUAUAAAAUCUUUAUAUCAUUUAAUAUUUCGUACAUUAUUGAAAAUCAUAGAAAAUUUAAACAAGUAUGAUAUGAUGAUUUCAACAAUAAGUAAUAAUUACUUUUCUAACACCAAUCCUAGUAGUGCUAAACCCGGACCAGUGCGUUAUCGAAAAUUGAAAACAAAACAAAUGCAUUGUUUAUCUAGUGUACCUAAAUUAUCAUGUUAUUUUCAAAAUAUGCUAAUAACGAUACUACCUACUUUGCCCAAGGAUUUACAAGAACAAUCUAUGCUCUAUUUGGCACGUUCCGGUUUAUGCUGUUGUCAUUAUAACUUGGCUUUAUUCAAUAACAUAUUGAACAUUAUUUUCAAUAUAACAGCCUAUUAUCAAAAAUGUGCCUACAAAUUUCUAUAUUACAAAAUGUUAAAUACAAUAUUUCUAAAAUCACCACUGGAAAACUCAAGCGCCCCUCAAUCCUCUGUGUAUCAAAAACGAUCGGGUAUCUAUAACUGUAUGAAAUGUGACCUGAAAUUAAAAUCUGUGGAUUUCCAUCAAGGUCUAUUGGAAAUUUAUAAAACCUUUUAUACUAAAUUACAAACUAAUAACGAACAUUUAACGAAUCUCAUAUAUUUCCUCAAGCAUCUCAAACAUUUGGCGUUUCUGCUAACAAAUGACAUUGCUACUGGUGUAUUGGCAGAAAUAGUUUUACCCAUAUUUCGUGAAUAUAAAUUAAACUUGUUUGCCCAGAAAACACCACAAAAUACGUCGCCACAUAGUUUGAAAUUUUGGCAAAAAUCACUCUCAACAGAAUCUCCCGUAAAAAGUUGUAAUCUUCAUUUAAUUAUAGAUUCAAGUGAUAAUUCAAAAGAUGAUAUUAGUAAAUUACUCUACGAAUGUUUAAAUAUAUUUGCCAUGUAUUUAAGAGAUAUACGGCUUAUAAAAGCGUUUUAUAAUGAGGAGAAUAUUAAACAUUUGGAGGACUUAUUAGAGGAGCCUUUUCUAAUUAGGGCUGUGUGCGAUUUAAUAAAAAUUGGCAUAGAUAACAUUACAUUUUUGGGUGAUAAUAAUCAAGAACAAAAUAUUUUAAGUCGCAGAUUGAUAACGUUACAAUUCAAUAGUUCCGAAAGAGCUCAACUUUUAUUUAAUUCUCUGUUGCUGAAAGCCAAAAAUCACAACAAUAAGUCGGCACCACAAUUUUGGCUAUUUGAAAACUCGUUGUUAACAACAGCUACAAAAUCCAAAACAUUGCAAUUGAAAACUGUUGACAUCUUACAUUUAGUGGCCUUACAGUGGACUCUUAACUACGAACUAUUGAAAACUAGUCAAUAUUUUUACAAUGAAUUUGCAAAAAUAUAUUCAAUAACUAAGGAAGACCAUGAUGAUGAGGAAAUGCAGAACGAAAAUGAUCAACAAUCUAAUAAUUCUACCAUAAAUACCAACAUGUCGCUGAAACCGGGCGAUAAAACUAUAAUAGACAUUUUACAAUUGAAUUACAAUGCUUUAACGGCAUUUUUAAUGCUACAACCUAAACGUAAAGCAAAAGUUCACAAAUUUUCUGCGAAAUCUAAACAACACAAUCAUGAAAUAAAUGAUUCUCAACAACAGCAUAACACAUCAAACAAUGAUUUUGAUUCAAGCUGGGAAAUGUUAGAUAAUUUUAUAAAUUCCAUACAUUCUACAGAAAUAUCAAAAUCAACAACCACAUCACUACUAAUGACAUCAAACUCCUCUGCUACAACCACAACAAUAUUCAGUUUAUAUUCAGCUCAAGCCUUAACAACAGCUCUAAAUGUAACGGAAUUUACGCAACAGCCUCAACACUGUUCAAACGAAUCAUCAUUUCUAUUGCAACUACACCAAAAGGAUACUUUAAAAUUGAACGAAACAGCUUUAAAUGAAAGUAUUACAAUAUUUGAUAUACGCAAUCAAAAACAUUUACUAAACAGCUUUAAAACACAAGAAACAACCACAACCAAAAACACACCCCCAGCAACCUCACCCUCUUCUACUACCACCCUCUAUGUUGACACCUUUAAUUAUUGCCCAGCUGAUGACCCCAAAACGCUAACAGCAAAUAUAGCCGCACAAGUCUCUAACGACGGCAUUAUUUAUAAACUAUUUCAUAUAUUCGGUUCAAUAUUCUCGCUAAGUCGUACGAAUUCAUUAAUAGAUUUAAAUAAAACAUCGGACACAGCAAAAGAAGGAGGAGGCGAAUACCAAGAAGAACCCGAUAUUGAUGUGGAUUUAUUGCCGUUGUAUGAAACGCAUAGUGAUUGUAAGAAACUGUUGUUGAAAAUUUUCGAAGCAACUAUGGCCAUUUGUAUUAAGGGUUAUCAAAAUGAAGAAGUGGAAAAAAUGCAAAAACAUUUGCGUAAACUUAAAAGUGUUAUAUUGACGAACGCUUGCAAUAAUUGGGAACAACAUGCUGAAGAGCACUCAAGAGAAAAUACUGUUAUACAAACGUUGCAAUGUCUACUCAAGAUAGCCGAGCUUUCAAAUUGUGUAAAUGAACCGGCGGCAGUUGUUAGUACAAGUAUUUUAACAUCAGCCACCGAAGAUCAAACGAAUCUAGGUGAGAUGAGGCCACGCACCAGGUCAUUUAAUAGUUCUCGUUUGGGUGGAGGUAUUUCCUAUAAUUAUCAUCAAUUGUCCACAGCAUUACCCAGCAAAAAUGCUAUCUUAACACCCACUACACCACCACAGAGACCACUGUCAGGAGAAAGUGGUGAUGCUGAUUAUUUUUCAACGCGAGCUUCGUACAUAUGUGCCGAUAGUGAGUUGGAAUUUAGUGAAAAUGAACAAGAUGACUUUUACUUAACGGCCGAUGAAGGCUAUGAGGCGGAUGGUGAAAUUCAAGAAAUUUCCGAAACCGAGGGCGUAUCUGAAGUUGGAGAACUAUGGCACUCUUUUCAACCCUCCUCCCGUUAUCGCACACAUAUACUACAUGAGGGCAUAUGCCGUUUAGUGGUUGACAUACUGAUUGAACUCAGCCAGAAAUGUUGUCAAAAACCUUUGGGCUGGUGUGAUAAUUUAGCUCAAUUGAUUAAUCGUUUGUUUGUGAUACGUGAAUAUUUGGGUGGACCAUUAUUUCUGCUCAAGGGUUUUGCACCGGUUCUCAAAUGUCAUGAUGUGCGUCUAAGAGAGUUGCAGCAAUGUAUUUUGGAAUUAAUUGUCGACUUGAAUUCACCCGAAGUCCUAGCAAUAUUUUUUGGUAUACUGUCUUCGAAAAAUCCACCAGCUGAUAUAUUAGUAAAAUAUAUGAAUUACAUCUGUACUAAUACACUGAAGAAAUGUCAACCAAGUGUGGAAUUGGAAUUUCCAGUUAAUAUUGAUGGCAAAUGUGUGUCAACAAGUGACCUAGAGGUCACCGAACAUAUCGAUCGUAUACGUAAUAAUCACUUACACUGCCAAGCUAAUACACCUUUUACAAGAGCUCCUUGUAUCAUACCCAUUACACAUGCACGUAUCUGGAAUCCUGAGGGCUUUACGAUAUCACUGUGGUUACAAGCUAAAAGCUCACAAAAUCACAAAAGUACCAGCCAAAUUAUAGAAGACGAUACCAGAUCAUCAAGUGACGUAUAUAUGAAAACUCAUAUUUUAUCAGUGGGUACAAAUCAAGCUAUGCUUAGCAUAUAUUUGAACAAUAAUCUGAAUUUAACUUUCGAAACCUUUAAACCAAAUGCUGAAAUACCGGCAAAAACAACACAAAUGGAUGAAUCAUUUGAUUUGAAACCAAAUGUUGUUAUUAAUGGCUCACAAAGCCCUGAAAUCAAAGUGAACAAAAAUCACCAUCAUAACAAUCAUUUUAAUCAAGAACCAAUAGCCACGACUUCAGCUGCCGCUGCUGGUGUGACUUCUCCUUUUUCAAAAGCUUUUAAACACACGAAACUAGCAUUUCUUAACAGUUUUAGCAACAUGCAUAUAUUUAAUGGACACUCCGAAACAGAUGCAUAUUUCGAAAGCACACACAUUGAUUUAAAACAAUGCCGCCUGACUAAGAACAAAUGGACACAUCUUUCUUUUGCCGUGGAAAUGCUUGCCGAUACUCUGGAUCUAUGCGUACUUAUCGAUGGCCUAGAACAGCAUCGCAUCGUGUUGCCUUUCCGUAACAUUCGUAUACUAACAAGAACACAUAUCUUUCAAAUGAUUGCACUAGGCGAUGGAAAUAUUUCUCGAUCUCCUAACACUACCACCUUCAAUGAGUCACGUUCAACAUUAGAUUGUUUUCCAAUUCGUUUAUCCAUCUCGAAUUUAAUGUUGUUUAAUCGUGCACUUAACAAGAAAGAAGAAAUUUUAAAUUUAACUGCCAUGGGUCCCGAUUUUACCGAGUUGACACAAUGUCAUGUCGCUAAUUGGAAACCAAAUUAUGGUUAUUUAAAUGCAAGCAGAUUACAAACAGCAUACUUUUACAGUCAUGUCGAUUCUUUGAAAACGUUACGAGAUUCACGAAUUUUAUGUUACGCCGCUUCGCAGCCAGAUAUGGUCAUGUGUUAUGAUACCAGUGUAGAAUUGGAUAAUAUUACAUAUGGCCAUCCUUAUGGUGUGAUACAUUAUGGCGAACUUGUACAGAAUAGUUUGCCAUCUUUACAGACAGCCACAAUAUUAUGCGGUGGUUUAUCGAAUCUUUUAUAUUUAUUUGCCAGAGUUGUCGAAAUUAGUUCAAAUUCAUCAACUCAAUCGAUGGCUUUAGAUAUAUUACUCAAUAUGGCCUUUUCCGAAUCACAACUAUACACCGAAUUUCAACGCAAUGAUUACAUUAAUCUAAUUGGUUAUGUAAUUAAAACGGAAAGAUGCACCAAAGAUUGUCAUCUACUCAAAAGUAUUAUAAACAAUGCCUGCUCCCAACCUUUAAUUUUGAAAAGGGGCGAUUUAAUACAAGUUAAUGAUACAACUGUCGCUACAGUUGUAUAUCCCAAAUUGUUUAUUUCUAUACUACAUAGAUAUUCAGAUUGGCAUCGUUCCGGCGCUGAGAACUCUGAUGUCUUGGACAUGCUAUUUCAGAGUAUAUUAGCGCUGACUAGAGAAAAACACCCACAGCGUGAUUUUAACAUUGAACAAUUCACCAAGGAGGGUAUAAUGAGAGAACUAUUGAAUUUGUGUAAAGUAUAUGUUAUCGAAUCACCGAAUCCAGUAUUUAUAUCUAAAAAGGCAGCAGAGGCGUUUGUGAAUAUUAUAUCGGUUUUUGCUGGCUCACCACCAAAACCUUGUCUAUUAGACGAAAUAAUGAAACUGAUGCUGUUAUUACAUAAGCCCAGUGAAUGUUAUAUUACACAUGAUAGAUCCAAGUUUUAUUUUCUUUUAACGCCGGAAAUACCCAUCAAAGAAAAGUCUUCCUUAAGCACGGCAAAUUUUGGCAGAGUUACAGCUUCAUUUAAAAGAAAUACGACAAAACGCGAACAACAGGGCGGAGCAAAGCCAUUGAGUGAUCUUAACACUAAUUCGAAUUCAACAAAUUCCUCAAACAGUGAUGUAGAUCCUGCCAGGCAGGCACGUAUAAAUCGUUUAAAAAAACUGCAUAAAACUGUGUCAGUCUAUAGGCGGCCACUUGAUGAACUUGAAGAAAAUCUUGAAAAUAUGGCUGAUUGUUCAAAGCUCAAUAAGAAUGCCUUGCGUUUAGUAAAUCCUUUGGAGGCCUCCAAAUGGCGUUUAAAAUUCAAAAAGUCAUCACUUCUCUCUACACCAACCAGUCCUAUUAAACACACUCAUACCCAUUCGCCUCAUAAAACACGUACACUUACAAAAAUGUCGACUUUUCUUAAACAAUCACCACAAAAUAAAAGAAUACAAAGAAAGAGAAUACGCUUGAAUAGUGCCAAUUCGACUCGUUCUCUGGCGGAUGGUGAAAAACAUAUGCGUACGGGACGCAGAAAAUCGGAUUCCAGUUUACAUUCUUUGGCAGCUUCUAUGAAUAUGGAUUUUUCCGAAUGUCCAAGUUUAAAUGAGGUUUUUAAUUCGAAAACAAAUUUCCAACAGAGGAAAUCUAAAAUGCUACAUAAAACCGAUACGUAUAGUUCGGUAGGCAUUGCGGCCUUGCAAAGUGGUUUAUUGCUUUUACUUAAAGAUUUUCUUUGCCUUUUACCGGACAAUGAUAUCGAUGAUGUGCUCAAUCAUUAUAUCAAAGUGGAAUUUUUAUUAGUCUUAGCUAAUCACAAUAGUGCUUGUGUACGUUCAGCCGUUAUCAAACUAAUAAGUGCUUUAACGCAACGCCUCUUUCCCCAAGAUAUACAAGUUUGCAUUAGGGCUUUGUAUCCCCAUCAUUUGGCCAAUCAGCUGUCGAUUGGUUUUUGUGAUAGCAACAUGUUUGAAUCUUGCCUAGAAUGGGUGUGUGGCACAAUGGGCUCGUUGGACUCAAUACUAAGCUGUGAUAUUUAUCUACCCAUACAAAAUCGUUUUGGUUUAAAUGCUUUACUCGCCAUUGCAUCGAAAUCAGCCACCACAAGUAACAUUCAACAUGAGUUUGCCGAGAAGGCCUUUAAAAUUCUUAAGCAUUUGUACUUAAUGAAUUCUGAAGAACAACAAACUAUUAUUGAAGCUGGUCUCAUACAAUGCUGUGUUAAAGCUUUAUAUCAUCUUUAUGCCAAAACAACAGCAUACAAUACAAAGACUGAGGAAUCUAUCGCAGAUUUAUUAACAACAAUUGGUGAAAUAUCUCUCAAAUCAAUAGGUCAUAUCAAUAUCAUAUGGGAUGUUAUAAAUAUGCUAUCUUUCUAUCAAGAAAAACAGCCACAAAACAUAAUAAAAGGUUAUCGCUCCAUACAAGCUAAACUACAGCUGAAUUGGUUGAAUUUAUUUUUCAUAAAAACAAAUGUACCAUGGAGUUUUAAAGUUUGCCAAUUCCCGAAUUUUUCUAUGUCCGAGACUAAAACAAGAUUGGAAUUGUUAAUUAAUCGUUGUUGUCAAUUUUACAUGGUAUUCAAUGAGAAGUCGACUCCUACCCAAAAUGAAACGGAAUUGUUUAAACUAUUGGUAUCCUAUAGUAUAGCCACUAAUCAGCGUUGUAAUAAUUUCAUAGCUUGGGGAUUGCAGCCCUCUCAGCCUAGAGAUUUACGUUGUUUCAUUGUAGAUGCUUUGUGGAUAUCAUGCGAGGAUGAUUUUAUGCCCGCCAUCAUAUGUGAUGGUAAAAUGAUUAAGGCUCUACUGUGGCUUAGUCUGCUAGAAGAUUUAGAUGAACCUAUUGAACAUUUACAAGCAUUGUGUAAACGUUUGGGUAUUAAUGAGAACGAUUCAACAUGGAACUUAGAAAAUGAAUUACAAAGAAUGGACUUGCAUAAAUCUAGCGAAGCGGCUAAACAGAAAACAUCUUUAGAAAAGACCAUUUAUCGAUUUGAAUCGUUGACACAAGGCUGCAUAGAAUCAUCUAUGAUAACUACACGUAGAGUGGCAGAAUUACAGAAUUCUGAACGUAAAUUAUUAAUGAAUCAUAUGAAGGAUUAUGACGAUACACAUACAUAUACUAAGUGGCUAGAAAUAGUUAGAAGACUGACUCAUGAGGGUGCUCCUUGGUUUAGUGAGCAUAACAGUGAAAAAUCUUGGGAAUUAGAUGAUACCGAAGGACCAUCUCGUGUACACACACGUUUGCGUAAAUGUCAUUUAGACCUUGAUAAACGUUUCUUUAUGCAAGAGUAUAAUGAGUCCACAAUAAUAAGUGACAGUUGCCCCACUACGCCAGCUAAACGUUCAGAGUAUUCCCGUCCUCUCGACUAUCUUAUCUCCAGCUAUGAUCAACAAUUGAACAUAUCAUUAAACUCACAAAUACUUUACAAUUUCCCAGCCAAAUAUUUGCCAGUGGAUGGAGAAAUUGAUGGUGAAAUUAUCGUUACCGAUCAUAAACUAUACUUUUUGGCUACAUAUCGUUGUAAAUACUUUUACGUCAACUGUGAUAUUUCCAACAUAACGGAAAUCUGGCUAAAACGCUACCAGCACCAAGAAAAAGCAUUCGAAAUUUUCCUCGACACAAAUCAAUCGCUAUUCUUUUCAUUGCAAAAUCAAGAAGACUGGAAGAUAAUGCGCGAUGUGUUCUGCGAUAAAAUUGUCACACCGCCCGAUCAUAGUAAAGUGCUAUUGAUAACGCAACAAUGGCGUGAGGGUUUACUAACAAAUUGGGAGUAUUUAAUGACACUAAAUCAAAUAGCCGGCCGUACAUACAAUGAUCUCAUGCAAUAUCCGGUAUUUCCUUGGAUUUUAUCGAAUUACACUUCAGAUGUUUUAGAUUUGACGGAGCCCAAGAAUUUCCGUAAACUACCCAAACCUAUAGCCGUACAAAAUGAGGAAAAUGAACAACAUUACAUCAACAAUUAUACGUACAUACAAAAUACCAUGACUAACAUGGGUUCAAUAAUAUUGAAACCCUAUCAUUAUAGUUCACAUUAUUCGAAUUCUGGAACAGUAUUGCAUUUUUUGGUUAGAGUACCACCAUUCACUACAUAUUUUUUGCGUUAUCAAGACAAUAAUUUCGAUAUACCCGAUCGUACUUUUCAUGCUUUAAGUACUACAUAUUGCUUGGCUAGUCGUGAUUCGCCCACAGAUGUUAAAGAAUUAAUACCGGAGUUCUUUUGUUUGCCGGAAAUGUUUGAAAAUUUUGAACGUUUUAAUUUCGGUUGUCGACAAAAUAGUGAACGUGUCGAGGAUGUGGCCUUGCCAGCUUGGUGCUUAAAAGAUCCUCGGUUAUUUGUGUUAAUUCAUCGCCAGGCCUUGGAAUCGGAGUUGGUGCGUAAUGAUCUUCAUCAUUGGAUUGAUUUGAUAUUUGGUUUUAAACAAACCGGUGAAGCUGCUGUAGAUGCUAUAAAUGUUUUUCAUCCCGCGACUUAUGCUAUGUUCUUAGACUCGGAAAUAAAUGAUCCCAUUGAACGCGAAGCUGUUGAAACAAUGGUUAGAACGUAUGGACAAAUGCCACGUCAACUAUUCAAAUCAUCGCACCCACCUUCAAAACCUUUGCAAUAUCAAAACGAUAAGGAAAUAUUAUCAAGUGUACGUGGCUUAAGAUGGGGUAUUUAUUUAGGUUCUCCACAACUCCCUGAGCCAACAUUAGGCAAUACUCAUAAAUUGUUAGGCGCCGAAUAUUUAUUGUCAUUCAACAAUACCAAUGUCGUCUAUGGUUUACCGGCUCGUUCAUGUGUUAUGCAAGGUGCCGAAACUGAUACCUACAAUGUUAUAUCGUGGGGUUACGACGAUCGUAUUGUACGAAUUCAACCUCUUAAUAAAUUGCAUGCGAAACCUAAGAAUCUGCUGUACAAUAGUGCUUUCGAUGAUAUUACCGCAUGUGGCUGUGAAGCCAAUUCGAAUCAACUAUGGUUUGGCCAUAAAUCUGGACGUAUAUCCAUAUAUAAAUGCUCCAGUGUGGAGGCAAACCAGCGUACGGGAAAAAGUCGCCAGAGUUAUGUAAAGGGCCUUAAGCUCUCGUACAAUUCUGCAUUUCGAAAGAUUACCAGUAAAGCUAUGGAUUCAGAUGGCGAUUUAACGUCGUCAACCAUAUCAUCGAAUUCUUUAAAUUUAGCUGAAGCAGCUGUACACAGGGAGGGAGCUGAUUUAACUUGGUCUGGUCCUACAGUAUUAAUUCGACAUACAGAUGAAAUCACCUGUAUAGCAUUAUCGGUGGACUUUAAGAUAGCCGUGACGGCUGGAAAAGAUGGUAUUGCUGUAAUAUGGGAUUUAAAUAAUUGGACUUAUGUUCGUACCAUAGAACGUCCAGCUGAAAUUCAUCAUUCUCCCAUAACAUUACUUACCAUAUCACCAACAUUGGGUGAUAUUGUCACCGUUCACUCAUUGGCACAACAACCUCCAACGCCACUAUCACAAUCGGACAACAACAUACAAGAAAAACAAAAUUAUCAGUCGACAGCCGCCCCUCCACCGGCUGACGAAUGUUUUGAGGUUACCGAAGAGAAUCUGGAUGAUUUUGUCAAUGUUUCAAUAAAUCCAAAUGGAAAAUCUAUUUUACGUUUACAUUCGGUUAAUGCUCGCUAUGUUCAACAUAAUGUUCAUGAGGAUCGCAUAAUGGCUGUGUGCUAUUCGUACAUAAAGGAGGGCGUAGGUGUUAAUGUCAUUGCUACAGCUGUUGAGGGUGGCAUUGUUCGCUUGUGGUCCAGUUGGAACUUAAAUUUUAUUACUGAAAUUGUUACGGGCUUAUCCAAUAUAAGAAGCCUCACAUAUUCAACACAUCAACAUUUGGUGGUUUUAACAGAACAAUCUCAUAUUCAAGUUUGGGAAACUAAAGGACUGUGUGGUAAUUCACCGAAAUUUCCACAAAUUGCUUAUAAAUGAAGACUUUAUAACUUAAAAAGAACCACAAAUAUCAUUUUUGAAAACUAACGAUCAAUUACGAAACAUAAUAUAAUUAUAUUAAAUCAUUAUUUACACUAAUCUACAUUUUAUUAAGCAAUCAUUAUAUAUUAGGGAUGGAUCAUAGAUACUCGUAAAAAUACUUUAUUUAGUUGUAAAAUAAAAAAAAAGUAAGAUAUCAUCUUAAAAAAACAAACUAUGUAAAUAAAUGGAAAAUUUAUUUUUUGAUAAUUAAUUGAACAAAAAAAAGAAAAUUAAAAUACAAAAAUUUUUAAAAAUAUACUUUGGGCUAAAAAAAGGACUUACAUAAUUUUUAAAAUACAAAGAUAUAGGUAACACUAUACAAUAACAUUCAAUAACUCUUAAAUUAAAAAUAAAACGAAGAGAGACUUUAAGAGCACUUUUAUCAGAGAAUUAAAAA